AUGUCUUCUUCAGCAUUCUUCUUCCUGUUCUUCAUCAUUUCUUCCUCCAUUAGCUUCAGCCAUGUCCUCUCUAACGAGACGGACACGCUCAAAUCAGGCCAGCUGCUCCGCGAUUGGGAGCAGUUGGUCUCCCGGAGCAAGGUAUUUAGGUUGGGAUUCUUCAAUCCCAACCCAGAUACCGUCCAUCUCGGCCCGGCCGGUCCGCGCUACCUAGGCAUCUGGUUCGACCACAUCCCUUUCUACUCGGUCUGGGUAGCCAACCGUGAAGACCCGAUCCCGGAUUCCUCCGGCGCCCUGUCAAUCGACCCCAACGACGGCAAACUCAAGCUCACACACCGAGGAAAUCAACAACACCCCGUAAUCAUAAACCCCAGUCAGAAAAACACCUCAAACAACGACGUAGCUCUCACCCUGCUCGAUUCCGGCAACCUGGUGGUCAGAAGGGAGAAUUCCAGAGGAAUCCCAUUUGGUUCUGCCCUGUGGCAGAGCUUCGAUUACCCUCACAACAUGCUUCUCCCUGGAAUGAAAUUGGGCAUGAAUUUCAGAACCGGUCAGACCUGGGAGCUGACCUCCUGGGUCAGCAACAAAUUACCUUCCCCUGGCGCCUUCAAAGUUGGCCUCGACCCAUCCGGAAUCGACCAAUUGGUCGUCCGGCGACGCGGAGAGAUUUACUGGUCUACCGGAGUUUUCCAGAACGGGAGCUUUCAGAAUGCUACUUCGCUCACAGGCUUCACCAAGGACUCGGGAAUUUAUGAAUUCAAAUUCGUCAGGAAUCCAGAGGAAAGGUACUUCACCUAUAGAAUUAAAGAUGGGCCUGCCCUGUCGAGGAUGGACCUGGACACAUUGGGCCAGAUCACGCUCUUCACACUGGACCAGAGGGAGACCAUCAGUUCGUGGAUUUUCGACACGGCCGGAAGCCCAUGCCCGGUGGGGGUGGGGAACGAGAGCGCGGGGGUUUGCUUGGCGGAGAAGGCAAGUGCGUGCCGGAGUGGGAAGGAAGCGUUUGUGGCCAAGAGAGGGUACAUGGUGAACGGGGAGGAAUCGUUUGGCGGUGGCGGUGGCGGUUUGAGUGAUUGCCAUGGCGAGUGCUGGAAGGAUUGCGAUUGCAUUGCGUAUCAGGCGGCGUCGUAUGAUGAGACUGGUUGCCGGUUGUGGAGCAAUGGCUCCAAGUUUGUUGCUGAUGAUUUCAUUGGGUCGGAGGGUGUUGUGGACUUGGUUUACCUUCUUCAAUCGCUACACUAG